AUGACACAUAGCGCCAGUCUAUCUACCGAGAUUCGCCACAACGCCCUCCUUCAACUUCUUGCCAACUCGUUGGUCCUGAACCAUACCACUCCCUACUUGUCUUCCUACGAUGUCUUGAAUCUAGCUGCUACCUCGCGUACCUUCCGAUACAUCGUCUAUUCCACGCCCCAUAUCUUUAGCCGCUUGGACCUUACCACUGUCAGGAAGGCUCAGUACAUCGAAGAGAAAUCCAGUCGCGGUGGCGACGUCUACUCGGGCCACCUCCGUCGUAUCUUUAGCAGCCUUCGGUGUCUAGAUAUCCUCCGACAUGUCCAAGUCCUUUGCCUCGACGGACUUUCCGUUACCUCCGAGCUAGUCCACGAAAUCCUCACCGACCCAACAUACUCGGUCAAAAUCCUAUCGAUCCGUGAUGUGGUGAACAUGAAUGAAGGGAAGCUCCGUGCUGCCUUGCAAUAUGCGUGCCGACCAUCAAGACCUGAGGGGACACCACGCUUGAAAGGUCUCUAUGUGUUCGGGCCCAAGGACUCGGUACGCCCUGACUUGUCCAGCUCAGGCGCUUCUACUCCGACCUCAACAUGCUCAUCAACCUCGUGGGCGGCUGGUACUGGUGCAGCUGAUCAGGAGCCCGAGGCGUGGUAUACCAAGCGCGGCGCUCAGUUCCCAGUCCUGAAUGGAAGUCGAACUAUUUCCGAAUGGGCCUCGUGGGCCUCCACGCUCAUCGCGUGUUACAGCAACAUAGCCUUUGACGCUGUCCUUUGCACUGGUCCUAGACACCUGAACUCUCGCGCGUGGGGAACGGUGAACAUCGAAGCACUGAAUGCCGCCAAAAACCCAGCAUCGGCGGACGUUCCCAUUCAUGCUGUCGCCACGCACAGCCUAGGCGGGUGUGCUGGCUGCGGUUCAGCCCCCGAGGGAUGGACGAUCUGGGGUGAGGAGCCUCCGACAGAGCGUGAUCCCCACGAAAGGAGAGCAAGCGAAGGCGGCACGAUGACAACCGACAUCGGCCGGUUCCCCUUGCUUGCCCCGCCGCCACUGCACUCAGUCAGCUUGAAAUCUGCCAUGUGUCCGACAGGCCAGUCGGUGUAUACCCGUCUCUCGCAGUUCAGGAGCAAAGAUGAACAGGCCCGGUUUAUCCCGCGCUGUUAUGACUGUAUCCGUGAUCGAUACUGUACGGGUUGCAAUAAGUGGUGGUGUGAGACGUGUUACGUUGGACCUUGGGCGUCUGUUCAUGAUGGCGAGGCUUCGCAGGCUAAGAUGACUGAUCUUGCCCGCGUAACCAAGAGUUGCUGGGAGUGCGGCAUGAAUGGUGCUCCGCUAGAGGCAGGGCCGGCGUCAGACAUCCUGAGCUCUAUUGACAGUGCAGUCCCUCAACCCUCAUGCAACAUGACGGCUUGA